CCUGCAGAAUCUAAACACUGUAACACUUUGACCGUCCCAGUUAGCCGAGCCUCUGGAGACAACAUGCCCGCCGUCAUGAGCAGAAUCCGGCCGAUAAAGCCAGAGGAAUCCAGACCGCAGUCUCCCUCCAAAGCCCGCAAGUCGCCCAGGAUGCCCAAAUGUUCCCGCUGCAGAAACCACGGCUUCUUCUCUGCCCUGAAGGGCCACAAGCGCUUCUGCAACUGGAGGGACUGCCAGUGUGCCAAAUGCAACCUGAUUGCCCAAAGACAGCGCGUCAUGGCGGCGCAGGUUGCUCUGAGGAGGCAGCAGGCCCAGGAGGAGGAGCUGGGCAUCAGUGCCCCCGUCAAUCUGUCCGGCCCCGAUGUGAUGGUGAAAAACGAAGCUGCUGCCGACUGCCUCUUCUCUGUGGAGGGCCGAUCCAGUCCAUCGACCAACUUCAGCCACUCAUCCCUUGCUGUGUCAGGAAGUCGCUCUUCAGCGUCCUCCAGUCCCUCCUCUUCCUCUGUUAGGCCUCACGCUGAGGGAGCUUCUGACCUCCUGCUGGAAACCUCCUAUUACAACUUCUACCAGCAGUCACGCUACCCCCCCUACUAUACCAAUCUGUACAACUACCCACAGUACCAGCAGAUGCCCCAUGGGGACGGCCGCCUCCCGAGCCACGGCGUGUCCCCCCAGUACCGGAUGCACUCUUAUUACCCCGGGACCACCUACCUGACCCAGGGUCUGGGCUCCACCACCUGUGUGCCACCCUUCGUCAGCCUGGAGGAGAACAACAGCUGCUCUGAGACCAUGGCAGGCUCGUUUUCACCCACCAGCUACGACUCGACCAUGACCUGCCGCUCCAUGAGCGCUCUGGUUCUAAACGAUGACAAGGCUGAGUGUGAGGCCGGCGGCCAGGCGGCCAGCUUCACCGUCGACACCAUCAGCGGCGACACCAGCAACUAGAAAAACUAGAAGAAAAGAAGAAGAAUGCCACGAAAAGUUCUCGCCUGAACUGAAAACUGUUCAGCUGUUAAAGCAGAUUUUUGUUCCUGAUUUCUGUUCUGCUCUGAGUCUCUGUUUGUAACCGAAGGGAGUUAAUCAUCCAAAAACUGACUUUAUUUUUUUAUGAUUCCUAAUUAGAAAAAAAAUCAAGACUGAAUUAGAUCACACAAAAUAAAAUACAGUGUUCUCAAACGUUUACACACCUGUUACGCCUUGACGUAUUAUUUCAAAACAUUUUACACCUUAAGGUGGAAUAUAUGUGGAAUUUCCUUAAAGAACAUUUAUUAUCACAACAGAAAAAUUGUAAACAACACUGCAAAAAUACAAAAUCUUACGCAUUUUUGGUUUGUUUCCUAAUGCAAAUGUCUUAUAACAGUUAUAUAGGAGCUUGUUUUUAGUCAACUGGUCCUUAAUAUUGAUUUUAAAAAAUAAACUGGUUUCAAAUAUUACAUGUUAUUUGACUUAUAACAUGUAAUAUUUACCAUAUGAUAAGCGAUAUAGCUGGAACUUUUUUUCAUCAUUGUUAUGAAAUUAUUGACUCAAAACAAGCUCAUAUUUCUUGCUGUAUAGUUACUUAUUAGUUUUGUCUCAUUUUGAAUGCAUUAAGAUAUUUGAAUUAGAAGCUGGACAAAAAUACUUGGUAAGAUUUUGUGUUUUUGCAGUCUGGACGUUUUCUCUGAUCCAAACCUGGUAAAGACAUUCUGAGGGUUUAGUGCUUCAUUAUAUGUGGAAAAAGUUAAAGGAUUUAUAAUUUGUUUCCAACAGAGACCUGCGACUUUAACAGGUGUGUAGACUUUAGGAUCGCUGUAUUGGUCAAGUUUGUAUUUUUUGAUAAACAACAUUCUGAAACACUGGAAUCAAGGUUUUAUUUCUUUAAAUUAAGUAAUGAAAUUUGGUUAAUUGGACUUAUUGUGUGCAUUAAUUUCACAUUUUACACAAUAUAAAUAAUGCAACUUUUACUUUGGUGUAUUUUUGUUUAAUCCAGUGGGUUAAU